UGGCAUGGAGCUGAAGCUCUGGUGCUUGGUGGCCACCAGAUGUGUCCUGCUGAAGGCCUGCCAUGGGCGGGAUCAGCCAGCAGCGCCAUAAAUAGGGCUGGCAGUGCAUCAGCCCUGGGGAACCAACCGCUGAACCCUGGAGCAAGGAACAGAUGGUGCUGUGGGCCGGCUGGAGGAGGUGCCUAGCAGGAGGCGUGGUGCCAGUGUUCUGUACUGGGGAGCUCAGCAUGUGCUCGAUGCCAAUGGAGUGUCUGUAGGGCUUCAGCUCAACGGGGACACGGAUCACAGUGCCGGGUCAGAUCCAUCAGGGUUCCCCAGUAGGCAGCAGGAAUGGCAGGAACUCAGGUGGGACUACCGGGACCAUUCCUGGAGCCUCCGGUUGGGCCUUGCCCCGUCUCCGACUCUGACUCUGACUCAGACUCAGAGGACACGGCUGUGGGUGGCACAGGACCCAGUGCUGCAGCACAGAACUACUCCCAGGUCAUCCACAGUGGCCACUUCAUGGUGUCGUGCCCGCACAGCGACUCGCUACCCCGGCGGCGGCACCACCGUGCCGAGCCCGAGCUGGCUGAUCCCCGGAGUAUUGACCCAACCCUCACCCGGCUCUUUGAGUGCAUGAGCCUGGAGUACAGUGGGAAGCUAGUAUCUCCGAAGUGGAAGAAUUUCAAGGGGCUACGGCUGCUUUGCUGGGAUAAGAUUCGACUCAACAAUGUGAUCUGGAGAGCAUGGUACAUACAAUAUGUGGAGCGGAGGAAAAACCCCAUGUGUGGCUUCAUCACCCCUCUGGAAGGCAUGGAGGCUGAUGAGCACCGAAAACCAGAGGCUGUCGUGCUGGAGGGCAACUACUGGAAACGCCGCAUUGAGGUGGUGAUGAGGGAGUACCACAAGUGGAGGAUCUACUAUAAGAAACGGCUCCGAAAAUCCACACGGGAGGGAGGGAUCUCCAGUCCAAAGCGGGACGAGGAUGUCUGGAGGCCAACAGAGAAAUGGUGCAACCAGCUCUUCUGCAAUGUGGUGCCCAUGCUGCUUGGAGAUGAGGAGGAGGAGCAUGGGAGCAGGCAGCAUUUCGAUUUGGACACCUUCCUCUCAGACAUAUCUGACACCCUCUUCACCAUGACACAGAUGCCCAGCACCCACCAGGCACUCCCUGAGGAUGCAUAUGUUGGGAAUGCUGACAUGAUACAGCCGGAUUUGGCACCCCUGCAGCCCAGCCUGGAUGACAUGGACAUAUCAGAAAUCUUCACCAGCCACCGGCCAUCCCCAUCUCAGACACAACUGGGCUACCAGGACCCAUCCUGCUUCUCACCCAUGGCUGAGCCCCUGUUCAGCAGUGGGGGGUCCCUGAUGGGUGCUCGGGGUCUGCCUGUGAGCUCCGAGACCCCAUUCCUACCUGGCACCCUCCUGCAGCCCAGUGGUGCCUCCCAGCUCAGCCUCCACAGCGCCUUCCUGGGCUCUGAGCUGCCCCUGGCCCCCCUGCCCCCUGAACCCCCCGAAGUGGCACCCAGCAGCCUCAGCCCCCAGAUCCGACACAAGCCCACACUGCAGUACGACUUCCCUGGCAAGUGCCUUGGCCCGGAGCCACCAGCACCCCACUAUGCCCCCCCAGUCCCGUCCCCCCGGGCACCACUGCUGAGCCUGGAACCCCCCUUCUCCCCCACCUCGGCCCCCCGCUCUAAGCUCCCCUACAGCAGUUCACCUGACCCCUCACUUGCCACCCACCCUGCCUCCCCUCUCUCAAGCCCUUGCUUUGCCCCCUACGUCCCAGGGUUGGGCUAUGCCACAGGCAUGGGGCCCCAGGGGUACUCCAGCCCUGCUGUCUCCCAGCUCCUGCCCCCCACCCUGCUGGGCAACUCCAGGUUUACCCCCCACAAGGGGCCACCCCAGGGUGAGGGUGGGCAGCCCAAGGCAAAGCCCAGUGGCACCAAGGCAAGGAGGCUACCAGGACACCCCCUGUCCCACCUGCCUGAGCCCAACCGCUGCCCGAGCCAGCUCCUGACCACAGCCAAGCAGGAUCUGGCGCUGGAUACCCCUUGCCCAAUGGGUGCAGGACUCAUGCCCACGACCCCUAUCUCCCCGCAGAGCACUGUCCCCAAAGUCCCUGCCACCUUCCUCUCCAGAAUGGCCCAGAUGAGCCCAGGACUGGCUCCUGGCUCCAGCCCUUCCCAGGUGUUGCUGCACACAGUGGACACACAGCUGGGCCCUCUGCAAGUCCCCAAGACAGAGCAGCUGUCCCCCACAUCAGCUUGUGGCAGUGACUGGCCCAAGCCAAGCCAGGUUUCCCCAGGACUCACUGCAAGGCAGGGCACUAGCAUCUCCCUGCACCAGCCCAUGUCCCGUCCAGGAAGGCCUGAGUCCAGCAAGCUGGAGAGCCGCCGCAUCACACACAUCUCCGCUGAGCAGAAGAGACGCUUCAACAUCAAGCUUGGCUUCACCACACUGCACAGCUUGGUGAGCACACUGAGUGCUCAGCCCAGCAUCAAGGUCAGCAAGGCCACCACCCUGCAGAAGACAGCAGAGUACAUCUGCAAGCUGCAGCAGGAGCGGGCAGCUCUGCAGGAUGAGGCACAGCGUCUGCGGGAGCAGAUCGAGGAGCUCAAUGGCUCCAUCAACCUAUGCCAGGAGCAGCUGCCAGCCACAGGGGUGCCCAUCACACGACAGCGCUUUGACCACUUGCGCAGAAUGUUUGAUGAGUAUGUUCGCUCCUCCACACUGCAGAACUGGAAGUUCUGGAUCUUCAGUAUCAUUAUUCGGCCCCUCUUCGAGUCUUUCAAUGGCAUGGUGUCCACAGCCAGCAUGGAGAGCCUCACCCAAACAUCGCUCGCUUGGCUGGACCAGCACUGCUCCCUCCCAGCACUUCGGCCAACUGUCUUGAGCUCCCUGCGGCAGCUGAGCAUCUCCACCGCCAUCCUCAGCGACCCUGCCCGUGUCCCCGAGCAGGCGGCGCGGGCAGUGGCGGCGCUGGGACGCCCUGGCGCCUCCUCCUCCAUCUGACUACUCCGGGGGCUACGGGGUGUCCCUCGGGCACCGGCGUGGGGACCGGGACUGCACGAGGGCUGUCCUGCCCUGUCCUCUGCAAUAAAGGAUUUGCUGUGCCACGGA